UGAAGGAAGCUCAGGCUGAGCGUGAGUUUAUGAAAGCCUGCAUUUCCAACUGUAAAGAGGCAAUGAAAGGUAGUGAUAUUAACCUCUUAUCUGGUAACCCAAGCUGCUCUUUUGAAGGAACUGUUCACUAUUCCUACGAUUAUGCCCAACAAGCUCACAUUCCGUCUAAUCCACAACAACCCGGGCCAAUAUAUUUCAAAGUUCCGCGGAAAUGUGGCCUAUUUGGUAUCUGUUUUGAGGGGAUACCCAGACAAGUAAAUUAUUUAAUUGAUAAAGCCGUAGAUACAGGUAAAGGUGCCAAUACAGUUAUUAGCUGUGUUCAUGACUUUUUUACAUCACACGGGGCAGGAGAGACAAAUGUUCAGGUUCAUGCCGAUAACUGUGGUGGGCAAAACAAAAAUAAUUAUGUAAUUUGGUAUUACUGUUUGAGAGUUCUUUGUGGCCAACACCACUCAAUACUAUAUUCUUUCUUAAUUGCGGGACACACUAAAUUUAGUCCUGACUGGUGUUUUGGUUUGUUAAAGCAGUCGUUUAGAAGACGCUAUGUGUCAUCCCUUUUCGACUCAUUAGAGGCUGUAGACAAGUCGACAGUAUCUGGAGUAAACAUAGGAAAAUUAUGUGGUUUACAUGAUGGAAAUGUUUUAGUGCCGGUCUAUGAUUGGGUGUCUUUCUUUAAACAGUACUUUAAGAAAAUAAAAGGAAUUAGUAAGUUUCACCAUUUUAGAUUUUCGAAAGAGCACCCAGGAGUAGUUUACUGUCGAAAGCUUAUAGACUCUCCCGAAAUAAAACACCAAGUAUUGAAAGACCUCUCAAUCAAACCACCAUAUCGGCUUCCUGAAAUUAUCAUUCCUAGGGGUCUGGAUGGAGAUAGAAGGCAAUAUUUGUACAACGAAAUAAGGGAGUUCUGUCGGCCUGGCACUGAAGAUAUGAUAGCGUCUGUACCAUAA